UGCAGCCGCCUAUCAACAUGUCCAGCGGGCUUAGUGUGAAAAAGAAAGAAAAUGCCAAACGUCUUUCACCAGAAAAAUGUCCGAGAAUACACCUUUGCCAAUCCCUGAAAGAGCAAUUUAUGGUUUUGUGCUGUAUUUAGGUACUUACUUAGGGUUCGCUUUGUACCUUGUGUGGGCAUUUGUACGCGAAGAGUGGCUUCAAAGUAUCGGUAUUACAUACCUUCCACAGCGGUACUGGCUUGUAGCUGGACCUGUGUAUUUGCUGGUUGCUUUUUUGAUUGUGGUGUGGUUCUAUUUUGCUCAUUAUCUGAAAUCUACCCCAUCACUGGACUCAAUAAAUACUAUAGCAGAUGAGCACUCUAGAUUUCUUGUGGAUCAAGAAAUGACAGACUCCAGUAUGCCUCCACUUGCUGACAUACCAAUAUACCAAGUCAACAAAAAAUUGUAUUUAUUGGAUAAUUAUUGAAACAGUCUGCAGUUGAGCAACAGACCCUAGUCAUAGGCAACAUCAACCUUUUAAGGAGAGGCAACCCUACUUGGCAAGGGUAACACACACAAUGCCAAAUGUCAGGCAGCUCUACUUGGCAAGGGUAACAUAAGCCUGUUAAGGAGGGCAACCCUAUACUUGGCAAGGGUAGCAUAGGCCUUUUAAAGAGAGGCAACACUACUUGGCAAGGGUAGCCUGUUACUCCUAUUUCUGCCAUAAGUACAUCAACUGGAGACAACAGAAAUCUAAUAAACAAAGAUGUGUUUAA